AUGGCGUCUUCUCAGGACGCUUGGUAUCUCUCGUUGCUCGGUCUCGCCGAGAAUUUCCGCACGUCGAGCCCGCCCAACAUCAAGUCGUGCAUCCAGUGUCUGCAGGCGGUUUUCCAUUUCAAGCCACCGCCGCGCGUCGAGGCGCGCACCCACCUUCAGCUAGGCAACAUCUUGCUUACGCACACGAAAAACAUCGAUUUGGCGCGAUACCACCUAGAUCAAGCGUGGCGUCUGAGUCAGAAUAUAAAUACGUUCGACGACGUGAAGUUCGAGGCGGCCAGCGUCGUCGCGGAGCUGUACGAACAGCAACAGCAGCCGAACUUGAGUAAACCGAUUUUGAGGAAGGCGAUAGAACUAUCUCAGCACAAUGUUUACUGGCACUGCAGGCUCAUCUUUCAACUUGCGCAAAUUCACGCUUCGGAGAAGGACUUUGUCGCGGCGAGCAGUUUGCUCGCAGUGGGCGUUGACUAUUCUCACAUAAGUAACGCCUGUUACACCAAAGUUCUCUUUCUCCUAAGUCGGUGUAUGUUGCUGCUAAUUGACAAGAAGUUCACUGAAGUUCAUCCCCUUCUAAAUUCAGCGAACCAUCAUAUAGAGAAUUGGCAAGGCAACUCAUAUCAAAAGGAUUAUUUGAAGGUGUAUUUUCUAGUUCUUCAAGUGUGUCACUAUCUUAUGGCAGGCCAGGUGAAAAGUGUGAAACCUUGUUUGAAACAAUUGCAACAAAGUAUACAAACUAUAAUGUCGCCUAGCUGGCCAGCUGAUGAUGUGGUCACAGGCUCCAAUAUCGGAGACAUGUUUAUAUGGAUGCCAAAGGACCAUCUGUAUGUCUUGGUCUAUUUAGUAACCGUCAUGCAUUCUAUGCAAGCUGGAUACAUGGAUAAGGCACAGAAAUAUACUGAUAAAGCGCUUAGUCAAAUUGAAAAACUGAAAAUUAUUGAUAAUAAACCUAUCUUGUCUGUAUUUCAAUUAAUGCUCUUGGAGCAUAUAAUCAUGUGCCGGCUUGUAAUGGGAAACAAAAGCGUAGCUCUUACAGAAAUUUCUCAAGCUUGCCAACUCUGCAGGCGACAGCCUAGGUUACUUCAAGGCCAUAGACCACAAUUACAUGUAUUACUAGGUUUAUAUGCAAUGUCUAUGAAUUGUAUGGAAGCUGCAGAGGCUCAGUUCACUGCUGCACUCAGAAUGUCACAAGAGAGGGAACUAUGGACAUUUGCGAAUUUGAACCUAGCGAUAGUAUAUCUUAGAUCAAAGAAGGAGGCUGAGCUGGGAAUAUUACUAGAAAGGAUAAAUCCAGAAUCUCUACCAUCACAUUCUCAUUCUUUGAGGGCAGCUGCAUAUUAUGUACAAGGACUCCAAGCUUUCUUUGGUGCUAGAUACAAUGAAGCAAAGCGAUAUCUUAGAGAGACCUUAAAAAUGGCAAAUUCAGAAGACUUGAACAGGCUUACUUCCUGUAGUCUUGUACUUUUGGGACACAUAUUUCUCUCGUUGGGAAAUAGUAGAGAAUCAAUGAAUAUGGUCACACCUGCGAUGCAAUUAGCUUCUAAAAUACCUGAUGUACAUGUACAAUUGUGGGCUACUGCCAUUUUAAAAGAUUUAUAUAGAAUGUGUAAUGAACCUCCUCGCGAAACCGAAGCGUAUCAAAUGCAUUGCACGUUCUCUCAAACCCUCUUGAAGGACCAUUUUCAAAGUACUCAAAUGAGUGAGCACUCACUCAUUCAUUGGAUAGAUGGCCCGGUGCCUGCAUUGCCCACUAAUCCACCACCUUCUACGUCGCAAGCAAUACUCUAAUGAAAAUCGGAUUUAAUUGCGAACACGAUGGAAAUAUAGAAGGAUUAAUGGAUAUUUGAUAUAAUCCAGACUUUUUUAAUACGAGAGAUCUGCGAGAGUAUAUGGCAACUAUAGUUAUAGCAGAGCUUGAUAGCAAUUUAAUGCUGUAAUAUUGUUUAAAUCAUCGAAAUUGUACACGGCAGGGACUGACUAUAUGUAGACUAUUGAUGUUUUGUUUAUUUCAGUGUAUUGUAUUAAAGUGUUUUUUAUAUCGACUCAAGAAGAUAUAAUUGCUUCUUGUAAUACAGAGCAGACGUGUUUUUCUUUAAAAAUGUAUGAACCGUUCUGCUGCACAAUGCGUUUAGACAAGAUUUGUACUGCACAUAUAGGGGGAUAGAUGAAAAUACGGAAUAAACAUUUUUAUUUUUUUUUAAAGAAGCUUGUCGAUUCUACACUUCUGAUUGGUGCAAAUCUUUUAUUUUAUUCCGUUAUCUUUAACACAUACUGGAAUAAAUAAACAUUAAUAUUUUGCAAUUUUUAUAUUGCAAUUUUAUUAUACAGUCUCUACAAUUACAAUAUUAUACAGAAAUCUUGUUUGGAAAAACACAAUUAACCUUUAAAGCGUUAUUGUGGGGAGAUGGGGAACAAGUAUCAAAAUUUAGGUAUUACAUUUUGUAUAUACUGGAUUAUAUAAGAACAAUAUAAUAAGAAAGAUGAAAUAUGAAAUCUAAGUAAUUAACUCAGCAAGAUUUGACAAAUUCUCCAUGUGUCCAGUAUUAGUGGAAUAAUUUUACUGAUUUAUUUUUUAUCGUUGCCUUUUCUUUUUUUUAAUGACCAAAGUAAACAUUAAUAAUUUGGCUGUGGCACAACAGAACAUGUUCAUUAAGCAGUAUAAAAAAAUGAUGGGUAUUGAAUUUUGCAAGUCGGUUGAAAAAAAAGCAAAUUCUUUACCUAUUAUACAUAUGUACAAGAUGUUUCGGUAUAUAUACAUGUAUUUUUAUUAAGAUGAUAUAUGUAUGUAUUGUAUGAGUAUAUAAUAAAAAUGUAAUUGUUAUAUAUUAGUAUUAGUUACAGUAAUAAAUAAACAAAGAAAGGGGCCUUAGAACGUGGUAACUUAAACAGCAAAGAACUUGUGUAAAAUUCUUUACUUCAUUUAAAUUAUUCUGAAUAUAUUUUGUACAAAAGUACAGACAAACAUUAAAAUAGAGAAUAUAAUAAAGCAUAGGUUUGUACAAAUAUUUGUUUCCUUAAUAUAAAAAACGACAAUCUUCUAA